CUUAAAUCACUAUCCCUGCGUAUCCAUACCAUGGGGUACACGGUGUAUGCGUAGAGCGGGGAAUAUCUGGCACAGCACUCCUCUAGUUCACAACUAGUCCGUCUAGUCUUUGACAGCCACCAUCCCCACAUUCUCGCUCUCUCGCGGAGAUUCCCCGGUCCCGUUUUUGCCUAGUCGUCGCCUGGCAAUCCAUUUUUCUGCAUCCUGUUACUUAGACCCAUACGUUGACAUGAUUUACUUCAUAGCUCUACUUAAGAUGGCUCGUAUUUCCUUCCUUUUUCUUCUUCCUGCAUCUAACUAUACCUCUACAUCAAGGCGGUGCUCAAAUAUUUCUAUUCUCAACUAAUCCACCAUGGGCAUUCUCUCGAAGGAGCAGAACGAGAGUGAGAUCGCUGCUGGCUCUACACUCGUUGCAGCUCUUCCACCAAAUCCAAAACCAUGGUAUCGAACAAGACAUCUUUUACGACUAAAUGUUACUCUUCUUGUUCUCCUCGUUUCUGCUGCUUCCGUCGGCUUUGAUGGCUCUAUGAUGAACGGUCUUCAAACACUUCCACAAUGGCGAGGCUAUUUUGGACAUCCCAACGGGGCACUUCUUGGAGCAAUGAACGCAGUCUACCCCGUGGGAAAAGUAUGUGGUCUCUUACCAGUCACAUGGAUCUCUGAUCACUAUGGAAGAAAAGCACCCAUUUUGGCUGGCUUUAUCCUGCUUUUGAUCGGAACUGUUAUUCAAACAGCUUCUCAGAAUCUAGCAAUGUUUAUUGUCUCGCGUUUCUGGAUUGGUGUCUCAACAGUCUUCCUCUCUCAACCCUGUCCAAUUCUAGUCACAGAGCUGGCCUACCCGACUCACCGUGCCAAAGUCACUGCACUAUACAACACAUUUUAUUAUGUCGGCGCAAUUAUAGCUGCUUGGUCGACUUAUGGAACGUUUCGACUCGAUUCUUCAUGGAGCUGGAGGAUCCCGUCGGCACUUCAGGGAGCAUUACCCUUGAUUCAAAUCAGCUUUUUCUGGCUCGUCCCCGAAUCUCCUAGGUGGCUUGUAGCCAAAAAGAGAAUAGAGGAGGCGCGGAAAGUCCUAACCAAGCAUCAUGCUGGUGGAGAUGUGACUUCACUCCUAGUCGAAUUUGAGCUGAAAGAAAUUGAAGAGAGUAUCUCCUUUGAGGAAGUCGUCGUUUCCGAGUCGUCUUAUAUGGAUUUGAUUCGAACUCCAGCGAACAGGAAGCGAACAUUCAUUGCCUUUGUCGUAGGAUUCGGAGCACAGUGGAAUGGGGGGGGUGUUAUAUCGUACUACCUAACGCUCGUCCUCAACACCAUUGGAAUCACUUCCGUCGCCUCGCAAGCCCUAAUUAAUGGUUUGCUCCAAAUUUUCAACUGGUUUGCCUCAGUUCUUGCCGGUGCGUUGAUGGUUGAUCGUUUAGGUCGUCGUACCCUAUUUCUCUGGUCCGUGGGCGGUAUGCUAGUCUCUUAUAUCAUCUGGACCGCACUGUCAAGUUACUUCAGCCGCACCCUUGACCAGAAUUCUGGUAAUGCAGUGGUGGCAUUUAUCUUCAUCUACUACUUCUUUUAUGACAUCGCCUGGAAUCCACUGCUUCAAGCAUAUACUGUGGAAAUUUUCCCAUAUUCACUGCGCGGCCGCGGCCUCACCGUCACUCUCGGGUCGACCUACGUUGGGUUAAUCGUUGGUCAAUUUAUAAACCCUGUCGCGAUGAAGGCUAUUGGCUGGCACUACUAUAUUGUCUUCUGCUGUCUGUUAGGCAUUCUCUUUGCAAUUGUCUGGUUCAUGUUCCCGGAGACGAAGGGCCACUCCCUAGAGGAAAUUGCCCAGAUUUUUGAUGGCAAGAGACCUGAUGCCACGGACGAGCUGAAGUAUGCCAAGUCUACAGAGGCAAGGAUCGAGUCGAUCUGAUAAGAGGCGAACUUUGUACCCCAAAGCUCAAAGGUUUGGGUUGAUACACGUGAAAUACCCCAUUCAGGUCUAUGGAGAAUAGAAAUAGAGGCUUUGUUUACUUGGAAAUUGUAUACCUGGGCCCAACAUUGAAGCAUUCUAUCUGCGUAUAUAGCACGUCAAUGAUAAAUUGAAAG